UGCACGCAACGUUUCCCUGCGUUUGUUGAAAUUACAGUUCGUUCAGUGAAGUUCCUGGUCGGUCUCUUCGUUUAUCGUCUUCCACCCAUCUCUUGUCUGAGCACCAGAAACUCAAGAGUCUUGUUUUGAUCUUCCAGAGCUCAAUUUCCCACUAGAUCGAGAACGGUGCCUGCAAUAUGAGCGAGGUCUUCGAGGGGUACGAGCGCCAAUACUGUGAUCUCUCCGCUAAUCUGUCUCGCAAAUGUAGCUCAGCGUCUCUUCUUUCUGACCAAGACCAGAAGCAGCAAAAAAUUGUUGAGAUCAAGGCUGGAUUAGAUGAUGCGGAAGUUCUGAUUCGAAAAAUGGAUCUUGAGGCAAGAAGUUUGCACGCAAGUGUGAAAGCAACGCUGCUUGCUAAGCUGAGGGAAUACAAGUCUGAUUUGAACAAGUUGAAGAAGGAAUUUAAAAGGUUAACAUCACCUGAUGCUGAUCAGGCUGCACGUGAAGAUUUGCUAGAGGCUGGAAUGGCUGAUGCUCAUAAGGCCUCUGCUGAUCAGAGGGAAAGGUUAACUAUGUCCAUAGAAAGAAUAAAUGAAUCAAGUGACCGAAUUAGGGAGAGUCGAAGAGUCAUGCUGGAGACUGAACAUCUUGGUGUUUCGAUCCUUGAAGAUUUACACCAGCAGCGUGAGACUCUCCUAAGCUCCCAUCAGAAGCUUUUUGGGAUAGAUGAUGCCAUUGACAAGAGUAAAAAGGUUUUGUCUUCUAUGUCACGGAGAAUUUCUCGGAACAAAUGGGUUGUUGGCUCUCUAAUAGGAGCUCUUGUUCUUGCUGUAGUCAUAAUCAUAUUUUACAAGCUUUCUCAUUAAUGGUCAAUAAUUUCAAGAAAAGCUGGAAUACGCGCAAUAUUUUAUGCUAUGUUGUAUAUAGGAUCCAAUUAGUCUUGCUUUGCCAUGUCUUCCUUAUUAUUUCUGCGUUGUUGUUGUGUUUGCUGAUUAUUAAGUAAAGCUUUGCUUUUUGCUCUUCAUCAUAUUUCCUCUGGAACAGGGUGACUGGAUGCCUGAACAGAGGAUUAUUUUCGCAUUUAUAAUAAUUGUCACAUUCUUUGCUAGCA